AUGUGUGAUACAGCUUCCCAGUAUGAAUAUGAUAACUUUUUUUUUUUUAACUGCAAAAUUGAACUUGGCGACGUUACCCCGCAUAACAUACGACAGCUGAAAAGACUGAACCAAGUAGUUUUUCCUGUUAGUUACAACGACAAAUUUUACAAAGAUAUUCUAGUUGCUGGUGAGCUAGCCAAGUUAGCUUACUACAAUGAUAUUGUAGUUGGUGCUGUUUGUUGUAGAGUCGAUGCUUUUGAUAACUGUAGGAAAUUGUACAUCAUGACAUUAGGGUGUCUGGCACCCUAUCGGCGAUUAGGAAUUGGCACGAAAAUGUUGGAACAUAUUUUAAAUUAUGUGAAAGAAGAUGGUAAAUUUGACAGUAUAUUCCUGCAUGUUCAAGUGAAUAACGACAGUGCUAUCGAGUUUUAUAAAAAAUUCGGAUUUGAAAUAGUUGAAACCAAGUCGCAUUAUUAUAAACGAAUUGAGCCAGCUGAUGCACAUGUGCUCGAAAAGUUUUUAAAAUAAUGUUGCUCUAUUUUACCUGACUUCUAGUGUGUACCAUUGCAAUAGACUGAAAAUGCUUGUUUUUUAUUGAUGGUAUAGUAAAGUCUAAUGUGUUGAAAACAAUAUCCUUAAAAUGCUAACAUUGCUUUUUUUAUGUUCUGUCUUUCAUUAAAAUCUGUUACUUAUUGGUUUGAAACCUCAAUUCAAAUUUAUCCAACUAAAAUUAGUUUUUAUGUUCUUAAUGGCUUUCAUGCUUUCUUUGUUACUUUAUUUUGCCCUAUAGCAAACAUAGUGUUUUGAGUUGGGCUAAAAUCUAGUCUAAAUUAUGUUGUGAUUUGAUAUAAAAUUCAACCACAAUAUUUUCAUAUGUUAUACAUUUAAAAAUAUAGAGUUUUUCACGUUAAAUGUGUACCAGUAUUUUCAGGAAACAUAUAAUUUAAGAAUAUGAGUUGUAAUUUCUUUCCUGUAAAAGUAUAAUGAUUUAUAAUGCUUUGUUGUGCAGAUAACAAUGAAUUGGAUUUGUUUUCAUCCUUAAUUUUUCAUUUAUCUUCUCGAUUGUUGCUUUAUUUAUCUUUGCAUUGGCAAAAGGGAGAAGAUUUUAUUUCGGUUUAAUACUCUGGAAUACUGGGAUGUUAAUACAGUUGCCUCUUAAAUAAAGAAUAAAUACCUUUGUGCUGAGAAUUAAAAAGUCAGUAAUCCAACGUUAUUAAGCACAAAACUUGCAAAUGAUUGCAGACACG